AUGAAUGCAGAACAUCGACAACGACUGGGUCGUAUGCAGGUUGAUUUUGUAAAGGGACUGCGCGACAUUGAUGAGAUCACCGACUAUCUCCUUUGCCAUGAAAUUCUUUCGCGAACUCAAGCAGAGAAAAUUCUUUCUUCUGGUCCCGUAAUCGCCGAUCAGGUCCGAACCCUCCUCAGUGUUCUAGUUCGAUGUGGUCCAGACGCCUACGAUACCUUCGUGUCCGCCCUUUUAGAAACGAAUCAAUCAUCUUUCGUGGAAAAAAUGACAAAUUUGGACAUAAGCCCUCGACCAGUGCCUCCAAUCUCGCCUCCAUCGAGGACAGACGCUCACGUUACGCAGCAGUCCACACAAUCGAUUGCAGCAUACCCCGUUAAUUCCACUCCUCGCGGUUACAUCCUCCUUAUAAACAUUUCAAAAUUUGAAGUGGGGUCGGGUCUCAGUAACCGAAUCGGCUCAUCGGAAGAUGUCGUUGCUCUAAAAUCCCUCUUCACUGACCUCGGCUACUGUGUUGAAAUUCUUUUAGAUCCCACUGCUUCUACUCUGGAGUCUAGCCUCAGCACUUUUAUAAAAAGUCCAUGUCAUUAUGGCGUUGACGCUGGUGGUCUCAUUGUAAUGUCCCACGGGGUGCAGGACUAUAUCUACACGGCCGAUGGAAAACUCUUUGCUAUUAACGAUAUUCUUGAAGGUUUUACGAAUAGAUCCUUCCCAGCUUUAGCUGGCAAACCCAAGUUCAUCCUUUUUCAAGCAUGCAGAGGAGAGGAGAAAGAUAGAGGAUACACAUUCAAUCCCGAUAAUGCGAGCUUCAUUCCGUCUCCAUUAGAAAGCGUAGACGCCGGAAUACACAGGACACUGUGGAAGUGCCUGCCUUACAUGAGUGACUACAUAAUCGCCUACUCCACUCUACCAGGCUUCGUGUCAUGGCGCUCAGAGAAAGCCGGAAGCUGGUUCAUCCAAAUUCUCGUUGAUGUCUUCCGCAAGUACGCCAACACCCUCCAUGUGCUUGACCUACUGACCGAAGUUAAUCGCCGCUUAGUGGAGGAGUCUCAGGAGCGUGAAUUCAAACAAAUCACCCAGCAAUCGCACACUCUCACUCGACCCUUCUAUCUUACUGGCACACAUUCUCAGUCAAGAUGA